GUAACAGUGUGCCAUUGUUUGACAGAAGCGUCCAGUGAGGAGGCCACGGCCAGCCUGUUGUCCAUCGUGUGGGAAGUAUGGGUUCCUAACCAGUUGGCCACCUUCACACAACUGACUCUGUUCGACCUGAACCAGUGGUAUCGUGAAUACAUGCCCCAGUCAUCGGACAUCGAAUACUCCCACUUCAUGGCACACUUCUGCCUGCCGGACGGACCUCUGCUGGACGUCAGUGUCGUCCAGAGUUCUAUCCGACAGUUUGCCACCCUCCAACCGGUUGAUGAGCACUUCUUCCCUACUGCUACCACCUUCCAGUGUGUGUGCCUCCAGCAGACUCAGGUGACGACUUGUGUCCACCACGGCACUCAAGAGGUGUGCCUGCAGGCAAUAAAGGAUGGAGGUCCCAGUGCGUUGCUCUUGCCGUCCCGUCUAUACAAGCUCUGCAUUCAGGCCGGCAUCAAACCUUUACUCUUGGAUGUCAGUAGCCCUAACUCUUCUCACAGUAAGGAACUAAGGGAAUACUUGCUGUGCGUGGCACUGGAGUACGGCAUGAUGGGGUUCCUGCGUAGCUGUGUACACGACUGGUCGGACGGUAGUCAUGCGGUGGCGGGCUGUACACUACCCAACUUGCUGCACUGGGCUUGGGGUCGUGUAGACCGGUACAAGAAGUGUCUCGAUGGAUUGUGUGUUCCGUUGUUCGACUACUCGGGCACUGCAUUAGAUAGCAAUGAUGUAGGUCUGUUCCACCAUCUUAUAUGUCAACUUCAUGACCUCCAAGACCUCUUCCAUCUGGUGUUAGACAAAUACCAAAAUUGUAUUAUCCAAGGCAACUACGAACAACAGCACACAGCUCUCAGUCUGGUCACAGCAUUCUAUGAUUCGGUGCUUUGGUGUGUGAGAUACAAUAUCUUACCAGAGACGAACGCUGGGGACACCAAAGGACAUAUUCCUUACUUCACUGACAUCAUUGUCAACUCUACUAUAUCAAGGAGGGCGGAGUUGCAUCAGCUGGGCAGGAGUCUGAAGCAGCCCCCGCCGCCAACAGGACUGUUGCUAGUGGACGCAGUGAUCAUGCAGGAGGGAGCUGGCGAUAAGCUGACAGACCAGUGGGAACGGGAGGGGGGGACCACCACGAUGGGCAAAUACCCCCCGUCCUCCGUACAGUCCCUGCUGCGUUCCUACCUGGUCCGUGGCAUUCCUAUCCACGUCAAGCACUUCGUAGUCUCAUACUUCCUGUACGACAUUGUCCACACGCUCCACCCACACAGACUGAUACAGUGUUGUCCACGGGAUGUCUUGAGUGAAGACGUAAAGACAAAACUGCUCUCAUAUUGUUCAGAAUUCGGACAUUCAGACAGCCAGUGUAAAAUUGCUACUGCAUUUUGGUGCUUGGAUCAUUGCAAAUACCAGGAGGGAGUGAGUUUGCUGCUGGAUGAUGCUGUCAAUAAGGAGGACAUCCAAGUGUAUCAACAUCGUACUGUGGUCUGCCUACUGUUAGCGUCUGGUCACCAUAAACUAGCUCUGCAUUACCUCAACAUUCGAAAGCCUGGUUUGGUUGAGCCUGAGGAUAUCAGAAUGAAAAUGACUCUGUUACUACUCAAUGGGUUGAUCCAUGAGGCAUUUGAAUUCCAGCGCCACCACAGUUCUUGCAAGUCUGAACUUCUUCAUCAGUUCUUCUCAGGUUGUGUUGAGAUGAGCAAAUUAGACAUUGUAUUCAAGCUGCCACUGAAUCCUGCUGAAGAAGACGAUUUCAUGUCUUUCCUAGAGAAAACUUCACAUCCACAAUCAGAUGACCUCAGGGUCCUCUACCUCCUGUCACGGUCCAGGUACGUAGAGGCCAUAGACAUGAAUGAGAAGAUGCGUGGCCUGGGUCUGUCGCGGCGGAAGGUGUCAAGUCUGACAGUGGGACCCAACCUUCGCAGUCACAGCCUGUUCGGUCCUCGAGAUGAGAUGGGGGCUCCUACACAGCCGGUGGUCACCACCAGAGAUCUGCUUAUACAGUCUCUGGCCAAGUCCCUCCCCUCCGUCACCAGGGACCUCGCUGACUAUUGCGCCAAAGAGAAGAACUUCAAGUGGAAACAAGUGACGAGGCCUACACCUCUCUCUGUGGUGGUCCACACGGACCUGUCUGCACAACGCCUGCCGUUCUACAAGGCCCCAGACUCACUGCUCGUACAGGCUGCCCUCUCCAAGACCAGGGAGACCUGGACUCCUGCAGCUCUGAAACGCAAACUCUGCUCCAACGUCGAGGACACACCUUUCCUCCGCACCCCCCUCUUACCUCGCCUCUCCAACUUAUCUCCACUCCAAGAAGGAAAACCGGGUGUGCGGUGGCGUGCCGAUGAUACAACAGGGGAUGGCCGAGCCAAGCGUGCGAGGCUUGUGUUAUCUCCCUCUACAGAGCAGACCACCCACAAGACAGAGACGAUGGAUAUGACGUGUCCAGAGAGUUGCGCUCUACUCCAUACCCCGCUUGUGUCUCGACUUGUCAAACAACCCAAGGAAGCAACUACCCCCCACUCCAUCCUUAAGGGUUCAGCCACCAAUACUCCUGUAACACCAGCCAGAAGCGACAAGACUCUGGUGGCAUCUGUAGUGAGUCGUCAGAUAAGAUUCAGUCUGCCCAGCGAGGAGCAGUCACCCUCCUCUUCCGUCACUGGCAGUGUGAUUGAUGACGAGGAGAAUCACUACUCUCCCACUGUCUCUCCUCGUAAGUCCAUCCAUGAACUAUCUGAUGUCCAAAAAAGGAAAGGCACUCCUGCCAAUCCAAGAAUAUUGAGGGACUCCUUUAGUCUCAGGAGCUCAGCUACCAAGUUAAAAUUUUUGGAUGAUGACAUAACAAAUAAAGAACCACUUCAUAUUGAACCAAGUGCCACAGCAGAUGCUAUAUUGAAAAAGAUAUCAGUUAGUCCAGGUUCCAGUGAAGAAACUUACUUCAGUUUCCAUAGCAGUUCUUCAAGUCAGAAAACUAAGAGUAUAGAUAGCAAGGUGAGCUUCGAUUUGCCCUUAGGACUGGAAGGGAACAUAGAAGACGAAGAUGAAACGGUUGAACUGCAAGAAAUUGUUCUUACAGAAGAUAAAGAGUUGAAUGUUUCAGUUCUAACAGAAGAUAAGGAAUUAGAUGGUUUAGUUAGGUCAAUUGAAGAUGCAGAUAACAAAGUACCAAAUUAUAUUACAAACACUGAAGUUUCAUCAAAACCUAAGCUUUCAAAAGAAAUGUGUGAAGUAGACAUGAAGGAAGAUACAUUGCAAGCCCAAAUACCAGUUGAGGCAUACGUUUCAUAUGAUAUUUUGGAAAUCCCUCAUGAAACAGUUCAACCAAAAAGUCCAGAAGAAAUUAAAAUUGUUAUCGAGACUAUAGGGACUUCAAAAUUUUUAAAUAAAACCAAAGUAGUGGAUUAUGAUACAACAGAAGAGAGCUUCGAAGAAGCUGAGUCUUCCAAAGAAGAUAUUUGUGUUGCUGAUGAAGAAAAUGAAUCUCAUUAUGUAGAUGAUAAAUCACCAGUUUAUAAAUGGACUAAAAUUCAGGAUCAAAAACAAGAGACUCUAGAGCUAGAAGUAAGCAAGCAAGAUGACAAAGGGGUGCAAAAACGUGUAGCCAAAGUUACUAUAUCUAAAGCGAUACCCAUGUUCUAUUCUGAAUCAUUAGAAACUUCCAAAAGAUUUGGUAAUAAAAUCUCUUCAAUAUCAGGACCUGAACUCCCUCAAGCCAAUAGUAUGAUCAAAACCAAUGAAAAUGUAUCAUUUGACGAAACUGAAACAGGAUCUGAUGCUCAAUUGUUUGAAAUGGAUGUGUGUGAACAUACCCCAUUAAAAGAAGUUAAUAUUGCUGAAAACUUAGUGUUGAAUAUGACAAGUAGAAUUAUGUCUAAAAUUGAGACUGAACAAUUAGAGGAAAAUAAGCUAUUAACCGAUGAACACAAUAAAGAUAAAAUGACUAACUCUCGUCCUGAAGCUGUGCAACCAACUUCACCAAUUGACAAAUCUCAGCUACCACAAAUAUUAGAAGAAAUAUUAAAUAGAGGCAGGAUUUCUGUAAGUCUGACAGAAAAACACCAUCUUUCACCUCAAUCAGUUUGUGUCAUUAACAACAAAGUUGAAAAAGAAACUUAUGCUGCAUCCACUCAGUCUCUUCACAAAACAAGUAAUGGCAAUUUUAUAUCUAAAGUUUUAGAUGAAGAAAAAAAUAUUACUGCAGUGGACCUAAUUAAAAGUAAUAAUUUGCAUAAUAUCAAAUCCUUUACUGAUACACCUGGUAGACUCGAAAACACAACAUAUAAUACUUUGGUUGAUUCAGGUAAAUCUGUCAAAGAAGUAAAAGAUUUUCAACCCUCUCAAAAAAAUAAAAAAUUGGAUAUUGAUCAAAUCAAGUCUGAUAACACUUUGAAGCAGUUUGAGAAUGAUUUAGAUGAAUUUGAAAUGUCUCUAUCUUUAGAAUCUUCCAUUCAAGAUAAUGCAGUUUCUCCUGUAAGAGAUAUCUGUUCAAUAUCAGAAGUCCACGUGGAAUCAGAACUUAAUUCUCAGGGCAAUUCAAAAAACGAACCAGAGAGGAGAUUGACAUUUGUUACUGAUUCAUCAAUAUCUAACAUGAAUGAAGAAAACAGAACUUAUCCGAAAGAAACUGAUAGUGUUAAAGACAACGAAGAAAAAUUAACUGUUGAUACUGAUAUUACAAAGCCUACUAUUGUAGAUGAACCAAACAAAGAAAUAAGAUUUGUCAUUGACUCUACUAAAACCAAAUCGUCCAAAGAAGAGAAAGAAGAUUUAUCUGUUUUUACUGAGUCUGAUAAAUCUGAAUCCUUUAAGAAAAAACACACACCAUUGACAUGUACUACUGAGUCUGUAGAAUCUUCAAUCCAAGAAGAGAGAGAAACCUGUUCAUUUUCAGAGUCAAUAAAAUCUGUUGCUUUGGAAGAAGAAAAAGAAGAAUCGAUUCUCAUUGCAUCUUCAGCUGAACCUCUACUUUUCACCACCACUAAAGACGAUACAAUUGCUGACUUAGAUUUAAAAAUGACUGAAGAUGAAUCAGUUAUUGAAAAAGACAAGACAUGUAUGAUGGAAUCAGAAGAAGCUGCUGAACCUCUGUAUGAGAAUUUGAAGCCUUUACCAUUUAACGUGGAAGAAAACAUUGAAGAGGAAGUCACAAACCAGUAUAAUGAAGACCUGAGAGAAGGAGAUGUAGAAGAUAUAUAUGAUGACAUUAUAGAGGACAAAGAAGAUUGCAGUUCAAAUGAAGAUAAAAAGAGUGAAAGCCAAGGGGAAAGUGGUGAAGAUAAUGAUAGUGAUGUGAUUUGCCUUGGAUCAGGUUCCGAUGAAGAGCGUCAGAAAAAGUCAGCUAUCCUGUUAACAUCUCACAUGAAGGUUUCUGAUUUUUCAAAACAAAACUUACAAGUGGAUGAAACUUUGGAUUUUGAAGAUGAAACCAAUGAUGUAGAUGAUGAUAAGGAUUGCAAUGAUGAAGACUCAUAUCAUGAGUCGAGUGAAGGAAACUAUGAUAGUUCUGAAAAUGAAAUUCAGGAACAUAAUACUGAAAUGAGUUAUUCUGAUUCAAGUGAAGAAGAUAAUCACCAGGGAAACAGAUCCUGGAAAUCACAAAGAAAAGAUUUUGAGAGUGAAGGAAGUUCAGAAAAAGAAGACAUUGCAUCUGAUGAAAAUACGAUAGAAUCACCACCAUACGAACUUAUAGGGCAGGACAGCCAAUCAAACAGUAAUUUUCAAACCCAAAUGGAAAAUCUUAAAAGUGUUGUCGAUGAGAAUACAAAGCAACCCAUUUAUCAUGGUUGCUCUGAUUUAAAUAAGGCUGAAAUUGAAACGGAUAAAUCAGCAGAUCAUAUAAAAGCAGAGAUUUCUUCUUUUGAAGAUUCAAAAGUUGUAAAUUCUGAUAUGGACAAUAAAAAUAUUUCAGAAAAAGCCGAGUUUAUGCUUUCAGAAAGUGUUCACAUGGAAACCUUUGAACAAAAAAUUGAUGAAACCUUUAAUAUGGGGAAGCCAGAGAAAAAUAAAUGUAAUGUAGAAACUGGAAGUAUAUUAGAUUUGAAAUUAAGAAGAAGUAAACGCUACAGCUCAGCAACUAAUCUUUCUUUGAGUAAAUUGACAAGAUUAAGAAGAAAAUCAAGUUCUGCUCAUGACUUAACAUCCCUUGUCAUUUCAGAAACAAAAUCAGCAACAGAGCUUAGUGAUGCUAAGAGUAGUACUAGUAUUUCAUCCAGUGAAACUGACUUGUGUGAAGAUAAAUUGAAUCUACCGAGAAAGCGUGGUAGACGAAGCCGUUUAAGUCAAUUACAGGACAUAACAGAAGAAAAUACAGAAAAUGUUUCCUCACCUAAUAAUAAAACAUUAAGAAGAUCAGUGUCAUCAAACCAGUUAGUUGAACAACAACCUGUUAUGGGAACCUCUAUGAAAAGAUCCAGUUCUAGUAGUAUUUUGUCUGAGUAUGGCAAAGCUUCUGAAUUAGAGUUAGGUACAAACAUUUCUAAAGAAACACACACAGGCACAAUGAGCUCGUCAAAUGAGUCAUCAAAGAUUAAACUUAAAAAGAGGUGGACUUUAGAAAUGGAAGCUAUGAACUAUAUAACUCGCAAGAAACGCAAGUCAUCAGUGGUUAGUAACUCGUUAGAAGUAAUCAAUUCAAGUGAUGAAGAGGAGAGUGAAAAAAAUAAAAGUAGAAUACAUACCAAAGAGUCUUUAGAAAGUGGACCUAAUAACUCGUCCACUGUAAUUGUUAAAAGUAAUGAUGAAAAUGAAGGAGACAUGGAGUCUUCUGUGACUGUGAAUACUGAAGACAUUGAAGCAUACGACUGUAAACUUGAAGUUGAUACAAUGCCUAGAAUAAGAUCUCAAUCGGUACCUCCAACAUUAGAACAUUCUGAUCCCCCUGCACUGUCUACAAAAAGAAGGAGUUCUUCUUUGAUAAAGAUUAAGAAUAUCCAUAGGAAAGUGUUAAAAAGAUAUUCACAUAAGAAAUCAUUGCUGAAAAGUACAUAUGAGCCUCUUGAAAUUGUGCAUUCAGAUGAGGAAAGUAUUAGAGAAACUGUCCAGGAAAAGAUACAAGAUUGUUCCGAAAAAUUGGUUGUCCCCAAAGAAAACAUUGAAGAUACAAAUAACUCAGUAAAUGAAAUUGAAACAACAAAUAUGGACUGUUGUAGUCAAGAUACACACACUAUAACAUCACCUCCAUUACAUAUUAGCAGAAGAAAUCUACGAAGCUCGUCAGAACCACCAAGCUAUGAAGAUGUAGAAAUUUCAAAACGACAACUAGAUAGAAGGAGUUCUUCAACAUGCAAAAUUAAUAAAAUCCAUAAACUGAUUUUGUCCAGACAUUCUCAUAGGAAGUCGAUGUAUUCAAGUAAGUUUCAACCAAUGGAAGUUGUUCAGUCUGAUGAUGAAGAAAGUUUAUCUACCAAAGACGUUGUUAGCUCAGAUCUUGAACCCAUAAAUGAAGUUAAAGCUGAUAUGAAAGCAGAUAGUACAGAAAAAAAUCAUGAAGAUGGAAGUAAAAAGUUAAAUUUUGACAAAGAUAACUCAAAAACUAUGAAUUCCAGAAUGUUACAACUAGAUCACUUAAUGGCUGAUAACAGUGAAACUGCACUAGAGGCUAUACAGAGUACAUCUAAUGAAAGACGUGGUGAAGAAAACCCCAUCAUUUCUAAUAUUGCUAAACAAAAAAGUAAAUUAUCUAAAAAACAAAAAGUUAUACUAGAAAAGAAUAAAAUAGAAGAUAAUAAUUUAACAUCUGAUGACAAACAAGAUAAAAUUAAAGUGAAUAGUGUUGACGGUGAUAUUGAACAAAUGGUCACGCCUCAUGUGAUUAAAAAAAGGGGGCUGAGAAAAAAAGAAAAGAAAGCUUUAAAUAGAGUACGGCCAAAUAGCAAUAUACUAAUAUCUGACACUAUUUCAGAUAAUGAUAUAAAAAAAACAAGAAUCUCUAAAAGUAAGAAAGGAAACACAAACAUUGAAGAUAACAGUAGAGAUACUGAUUUGAAAGAAAAAACCCCUGAAGUUGUAAUAAAACAAACAGAUGAAGAUGAGCUUAACGUUCCAGUAAAACGAAGAAAUUUUAAAAAACCCUCUGCAAAUAAUGAAUUAUCUACACCAAAGAAGGCGAAAAAAAACACCAUUCAAAUAAAAAAGAAAGUUCAAAGGAUAUUCCAAGUUCAGAACUAUCAGAAAUUGCAAGGAAACAAGAUUCACCCCCCAUCAUAGCUAAUAAAAUACCAGUAGAACAUGAAGCUUUUCUAUUGGAUAGUCCAGCUAGAAGAACAAGGAGAAGUAUGUCGAGAGCUAUGGAUAUAGAGGUGAUGACUCCGACCAAAGACAAAGUUCCACAAGAUCAUGAACCUUUUUUG